AUGCUACACAGGUGGAGAUUAAACAGCAGGAAUAUAGACCAGGAUGAAGACAACCACUACACGUUGGUGGGAGGCAACCUGGUCAUCUCUAACCCCAUCAAGAACAAGCACGUUGGGAAGUACACCUGUAAGGCCACCAACGACUACGGCACUGUUGUCAGCAGAGAGGCCGCUGUCCAGUUUGGAUACCUGGACUUCUUCUCCUCUGAGGAGAGAGAGGCGGUGUAUGUGAAGGAGGGCCAGGGGGCAGUGCUGCUCUGCGCUCCUCCCCCACACUACCCAGACGAGCUGUCAUUCCGCUGGAUUCUGAAUGAGUUCCCCYUCUUCAUCCCUCUGGAUAAACGUCGCUUCAUCUCUCAGAUGACGGGGAACCUCUUCAUCUCUAAGGUGGACUCGUCUGACAGCGGAAACUACUCCUGCUUUGUCUCCAGUGCCUCCAUCUCCAAGAGCGUCUUCAGCAAGUUCAUCCCCCUCGUCCCCCUGGCAGAACGCCCAAUAAGGAAGUACCCUGCUGAUAUCAAAGUCAAGUUCCCAGACACCUUUGCACUGGUGGGCCAGAACAUCACACUGGAAUGCUUCGCCCUGGGAAACCCCAUCCCUCAGAUCCACUGGAGGAAGAUGGACGGAGAGCUGCCGGCCAAUCAUGAAGUCAGCUUGGCAGGAGCCCACCUCCAACUGUACCACGUGCAGUAUGAGGACGAGGGGACGUACGAGUGUGAGGCCCUCAACUCCAAAGGGAAGGACUGGCACCGGGCUCGGGUCUCUGUAGAAG